AUGGAGCCAGAGGUUAUUAUAAUUGAAAUCAAUGGGAUUGGUGUAUACAAGGUGUUUUCUACUGGUAUUGCAUUUAAGGAGUGCACAAAAGAGGAGGUGGUAGGUCACCUCGACAAGAAGCUACAUGUGUUUAUUCUUGUUAGCAGUAAUGUUGAUAAGAUAAAUAUUCACAAAAUAUCAAAAUAUUUCUUUAAAGAGUCAAAGAUUGAGUCUAUGUCCGUUAUGUACUCCUCUGUCUCAACCUCUCUUGCGUUAGGGGUACAGAAUUUGUGUGUGGUCACUGUUGAAAACGGACCAAACAGCAGCAUUCUGUGGUCUGUGGAUCUUGUAAGGAAGUCCAGCCUGGACUGCACGCACUCGAUCACCCGCACAUCAACAUACGAGGAUGCCCUGGACCGUAUAUUGAAGACCCUGCACUCGUCUGUCUACAAGAGCACCACAUCAAAUAUUUACGUUAAAGGCACAAAGCCAUUGGUCGAUAAGAUUUUAACAGAACUAUCCAAGAGAAGUCUUAUUUCUCAGUCGGAAGAGGAACCGCAGGAGGAUUCUGCAGAUGAAGGAUAUAAGCUAGUUGCCUUCCCAAACUACUUCUCCUCGUACAUGCCGCACAACCUCCUUCCGGACUCUGAUAUUGUAUAUGUUGGGGCUGUUCUAACUACAAUGAUAAACUAUUUUGAGAUAAAAGAAGUUAACACGCGGGAAGACUUUGAAGCAGGCCAUACAAAGCAUCUGCUGUUGAACUAG